AUGCACAACAGCCUACUCCCCCUCGCCUGCGCCCUCGCCCUCGCCCUCGCCGUCCUCGCAUCCCCCGCCGCCGCCGCCGCCGCCGCCACCGCCACCGCCGCCCCCUCCAAGCGCGAGUUCUCCUCCGCCCACAAGGACACCAAGCUCCGCAUCGUCAAGAACUCCGGCGUCUGCGAGACCACCCCCGGCGUCGGCCAGAUAUCAGGCUACAUCGACGUCGGCCCCAACAUGUCCAUGUGGUUCUGGUUCUUCGAAGCCCGCGAAAGCCCAGAGACAGCCCCGUUCACGCUGUGGCUCAACGGCGGUCCAGGCUGCUCCUCCAUGAUCGGCCUCUUCCAAGAGAACGGUCCCUGCAAGAUCCUGCCCGACGGUCAGACCACCGUCCUCAAUCCUUACAGCUGGAACUCCAUCAGCAACAUGAUCUACAUCGACCAGCCCAUCGGUACCGGCUUCUCCUUCGGCACCGACACCGUCAACAGCACAGAGGCUGCCGCCCCCUUCGUCUGGGAGGCCUUCCAGAUCCUCUUCGAGAGCGGCGAGUUUGCAAAGUUCGCCAGCAGAGAGUUCAUCUUCGCGACCGAGAGCUACGGCGGCCACUUUGGCCCCAGCUUCGUCACCUACUUUGACAAGCAGAACGCCCUCAUCGACGCGCGCAAGCUCCACGGCGAAAAGGUCCUCGUCAGCGCCCUCAUGAUCAACAACGGCUGGUACGACCCGCUCCUGCAGAACGAGGCGUACGUCACCUUUGCCACCGACGCCCCCGGCUACGGCCCGCUCCAGAACGCGUCCGUCCUCGCCCAGCUCCACGCCGACUUUUACGAGCCGGGCGGGUGCAGGGACCGAGAGAUCGCGUGCGAGGCCCUCGGCAACACCAACGACGCCAACGCCACCGCGAACCACAUCUGCCGCACCGCGGACGACUUUUGCAUCGACAACAUCUUCGUCCCCGCCGUCGGCGACCGCGACUCGGACGACCUCCGCCAGAGCGCCGACUCGCCCACGCCCUUCCCGCCCGAGUUUUACCUCGACUUUCUCGCCAACGCCACCGUCAAGGCCCGCAUCGGCGCGACGAGCACGUACAGCGAGUGCGCCGACGCGCCGUUCGAGCUGUUCGACCGCACCGGCGACGACGCGCGCUCGUGGCUCCCCGAGCUCGCCGCGCUAGCCAACUCGCGCCUCAAGCUCCUCAUCUGGGCCGGGGACGCCGAUAUCAACUGCAACUGGCUCGGCGGGCACGCGUCCGUGCUCGCGAUGGACUGGUACGGCAACGAGACCCUGCACGCGACCCUGUUCGCGAACAUCACGAUCGGCGGCACCGCCGUCGCCGCCGUGCAAAACGUGGACAACUUUUCGUUCGCGCGGGUGUAUGCGGCCGGACACGAAGUGCCCGCGUUCCAGCCGCAAGCCGCGCUCGAGAUCUUCGCGCAGGUGAUCCGGAAGGAGCAGCUGCACUCUGUAUGA